GUAGUAUCAAGUUCAAGUCAAGAUGGAGUCACUGUUUAGAAAUUCCCACGCUUGUAUGGCUGAAAAUGCGCACUUGGAAAGAGUGAGUUGGGAAAAUAUUGGAAGUAGUUCAGUCAUUCCACAAGGCGUUGGGUGAUGAACAUGUACGUCAGUCUGUGAUGUCAGCCCUGCCUUUCAAAUAUGGAGUCGCUUCCCUAAUGUGAGGUCAAACUAGUGUAUUCUCUUUCCGGCCCGUGAGAUCGUAUUGUAUUUCUGAGUGACACGUAUCUAAAAAAACGUAGCGGGCUGGCGAUCACAACGGCAGUGACAGACGAGGACGUAGCGAAACGCACAAAUACUUGUCUCGUGAUUACUGUAAAAUAUGACAGAGCGUUCGUAGGUAUUAGAGAUGUCCUGAGAGACAUGCAGUGAGAGGAAGCGGAGAAAGCGUACAUUGCUAGCCGGAGACGAUAUAAAGGGUAGCAAACAGUAAUAGUAAACAGUAGUAUACAAAUGGGGGAGGUGAGGAAACUGCACAAGAAGUUGAGACAAAUUGAAAAUCUGGAGAUCAAACCCUUCCUCAGCCUAGAGGAGAGAGUCAAGAUAUCAAAGAAGGAGGAACUUCGCGCCAGAUUGGCUGAGCUGCUGCUGCAGCAUUCUGCCCCCCAGCAAACCCAGGGCAUUGUGGGAGACGAGAAGGAGAAAAUGAAAAGACGAGUUGAGGAGAACUCAGAGGCCCUGACUUCGCAGCCCCCAGCACCCAAGGUACUGAAAGAAAUGACACAGGAAGUUACCAUGCAGGAGCAAGGAGAAAUAACUGGUGGCGAGGCACAUGAUGGCACAGCCAGGAUACAAGCAGAGACAGUGGGACCUCAAGAAGACACAUUUAAAGCUCUCAAAGCAUCUUGGGAAAAGGCAGGGUUUCGGCUAAGGCCACUCGAGGGUCAUAGUGAUAUCAUCACCUCAGUGAUUGCCGUGGACAACUUGGUGAUCUCUGGCAGCCGUGACACCACAAUAAAGGUGUGGCAUGUUCCCACGGCAACAGAGCAGCGUAAUCUUGGGGGGCACAGUGGGGGAAUCACCUGUCUGUCCGCACCUCCCCCUGAAUACUGCAGGAGAUUGGCACGAUACCUGUCUCUCAGUGACAAAGAGAGGUUUAUUGUCAGCGGCUCAGUGGAUUGCUGUGUGAAAAUCUGGACCCUCAGCAGCGGCUGCUGUGUCAAGUCCAUCUACACUUUCAGUCCAGUGUCAGCUCUGUGUUUCCUCCCUGAUGGAGAAGGGUACAUUGUCACAGGAUCAGAUGGGGGUAAAGUGGAAGCGUGGAGCUGGGAUUCUAUGGAGCGAUGUCAGUCAGUGAAAGAACACGAAGAUAGUGUGACCACACUACAAUGUCAAGGGCCUCUCCUCUUCAGUGGUUCUGCAGAAGGGGGCGUGGCUGUGUGGGAGGUGUUUUGUUCUGACCCCAACCCCUUGCAACUGCUACACCACUGGGACUCCACUGUGACCGGCUGUGGAAGCCAGAAUGGAUCCCCCUUUAGCCGCCUGGCCCUCAGUCCACGUGGAGACAGAGUCUUCCUAGCCAAUGGGAAAGCUAGCCUGAAGAUACUGAACUGGAGGACAGGCUCUGUAUCAAGGCUGACCAAUCACAGCAGCGUUGCAGGGGUGACAGAUUGCGUCAGUCAAAUAGGAGGCCUUCUGGUUGCUUCCUGCUUUGACCUUGCGACGGGAGCAAGUACCCUGAACCUAUUUUCCCUCCCGCAGUGCAAGUAUUUGGUCUCCCUCACUUGUCCGGAAUCUCCCAGAAUUCUUUGCUUCACAGCGUGGCUCACAGCCAGCGGGGGUCAUCGCUGGGUCUCAGGGGGCAGAGCCCUAACAGUUUGGGAGCAGCUUCCAUUGAGCAGCAAGGCUAGGGCUGAUGUCAUAGCGAAGAGAGACAGCCGGUUGGACGCCUCUGCAGUGGAAUCCGAUAGAGACACAGAGGAGGAGGAAAGUGAUGAUUAUGACGAGGAAGACUACACAUCCCAAGAUGCACCUGAGACAGAGGAGGAACGCAGCUCCUCUUGGCUCCGCUGCGCUCUCCAGUGACAGACAUUCGUUCACUCAGCCACCGACUGAGAGCACAGCCCCGCAGAGUGACAAUGAGGAGAGAGGGAAGGAGGGAGGGAGGGAGAGGGGGAGUGAAGUGUGACAGAUUGAGAAGAGCGAGAGCAGCAGACGGUGAGGAAGAUGGACAGAUUGUUUUCUAUAUAAAUGUUGUUUCACAUAUACUGUAUAAAUAAACCUGCCAAAUUGUGAUCCUCUGACUCAGAUGUUCAUCAUUCAUGUCUGUCUGUAAAUAUCUGUUCCUCCAUCUGCUUCAAUAUUACUCAACCCAACCUGUCUGUAUUACAAAUUAAUGUAUAUUGAUUCUCCCUUUCUUUCUGUCACAUGCUCCGUCUCUCUCUCCUUCUGCUCUGCUAAAAAUAAUUUAAUCAUCCUCUCCCCUCCCUAAAAAUUAGAAUAUUAAUAAGUCCUUUUCUACUUCCUUCUAUUUUUGUCUUCAAAUCCAUUUCCUUCUUUCUCCCUCUCUCUGUCCAUUUAAUUGAACCCGUUAAAAAGCAUAAUUAGCAUUUAAAUCUCUCUCCAACACUGUCUCCCCCCCCUCCCUCUCCCUACAUGUCUCUGUCGCUAAGGCAACCAAUGCUUUUUCCCACUCCCUCUCUACAUCUCCCCUCUCCCUGUCUCUUUCUCUCACUCCCUCCUUCUGCAGCGAGAGAAAGAUGAUCAUAGGAGCAGGGGAGCUGUGAACAGCUGAAACGAUGGAGAGAUGCUCCAUCUCUCCUGUUACCCGACUGGCCACCCUGUGCUGUCUCCUGGUUGCAGUGGCGAUUCGCCCUGUGUCAUGUGAUGGGGGCGAGAGGAAGGGAGAUGAGAGAGAGAGGGAAAGGGAGCAGGUGGGAGAAAUGCAGAUUGAUACCCUCUCAUCACAGCUGUCAGUCACAACUCAGGCCACGCCCACUCCCCUCUGGGCAGUUGUCUGGGGGCCAACGCAUCCGAUCGAAGAUGAGACCCCUCAUUUCUUGUCUAGUCAAGAGACAGAUCACCAACAGCCGGGAACUGAGGCUUGGCAACUUCACCAGAGCCCACCGACAUCCCAAACCCAGCAGCUCUUACUGGGAGAGAAAGAAAGAAACAGAGAGGAGGAUGGAGAAGGAGAAAACGAAAGAGAGCGAGAGGAAGUCGAUCCACAGUUCUAUGUCACAGUGACCAUCUCUUCUCUGUUGAUUCUGACCGCUGUCAUCAUAACUGCCAAACUCUGUUACGAUCGCAGCUGCUCCCAGCACCCUCCCCCUCUCUCCCGCGGUGCGGCGCCCCCCCUCUCCCUCUCCCUCCCUCGCUCCCUGGGUCCUGAGGACAGCAGGCAGGCGCUGCACAGCACCCCUUCCUUCACAGACAGAGAGAGAAUACCUGUGGUGAAUCUCUGAGAUGAUGGUGGUUCUCCCUUUCUACUGGAUACGGACAUGUUGUGGUGUCGAAGGUGUAGCUAUUUAUUUUUCCCAGCUGUGAAACAUAUAGUCAGGGUUUAGCCAUUUUAUUCUUUAUGGCCUUGAGUUCCACAAAUACAAGCUCACUUCCUGCAGAUUCUGUGUUUAUUAUUCCUGAUUUAUAUAGCUAAUUACUGUCCUAUGCUUCAGACUAUACUGUUAGAAUAUCUGCAGUUCACAGCACACAACUGAAGACGAUUACCUCUGAAGACAUUUAUUCCAUGAGUAAAGGGUUAAAACAACUUUAUCCUUUGAGACCAUUUCGUUGCGUGUAAUGCUGUGCUACCAUGUGAUUUAACGUAUUAUAAUGUAACGUGUUGAGGUAAUGCAAAUGUAUGGUACAGUGUACACUGAAAACCCAAUAAAAGCCAAUACUUGCGU